AGGCCGUAUUCAAAUAAGCUAAUAAUUCAACACGCUAGCAUGGAUAUUUCUUUAAAUAUAGCAACUGGACCACCUAAUGCACGAAAUAAAUCUGUUCCUGCAAAAAAGAAGUCCUUUGCAGGUGCAACUUCGCGCAGUGAUGGUGGCUUUGCGUUUUCAUUUGGCGGAGCUCAGCAUAAAGUAAAAGCAAUUGUAGCACGUAAGCGUCCAGUUAAAAAGCCCCCAACAACUGAUGAUGGCAAAAAAACUACAGAAAGCCCCUUCGUACAACUUUCUGAUAGUAAAAACUCGGAAAAGAAAAGUGUCACUACGAGCACAAAUAUUGUUGAAUCGCCAAACACACAAAAUGCGUUUGGUAAAAUUGAGAGCCCCAAGUCGUCCACCAAUUCCAUGGAUAAUGGGCUCUUACUUAAUAUUGCCACGAAUUCCGUACCGAGUGCGCGACCCAAACCAAAGCAAAAGCUUAGUCAAGCUGAGCGUUUGCGAAACAUGGCCAAACAGAAAAGUGAACAGACAAAAAAUAAUUUUUCAAAGAAACCAUUUGAUAAAAAUGUAAAGAAAUCUUUCAAUCAACGCAACAAUUUUAAGCAGAAAAUUCCACAAAAUGAUGAAAGUAGUGCCGAUGUCCAAGAAAAUGGUGCGAAGUUAGCAGCACGUAAAGCAAAUGCAUUCCGUGUUGUUAGACCCGAAGACAAAUCAGUUAAGAAAGUUGGUCUCUUUGCUAAAAGUCCUAAUACACCUAUUAUGGGCCAGCGUUUUGUUAAACCAAUAGCGGAACGACUUUUUGAUGGCACAAAAAUUGAUUCACUCGACAUUCACCCACAUGCGGUGAAGAAUUUAGCAGACGUGCUGAGUAUUGUUGAACUAACGACAGUGCAGAAGAAAACAAUUCCCCUGGCUCUAGAAGGCAAAGACUUGCUCGUACGUUCGCAGACUGGCUCAGGUAAAACUUUAGCUUACGCUUUGCCCGUGGUCGAAAAGCUGCAGGCGGUGCGUCCAAAGAUAACACGUGACUCAGGCGUAUUGGCUGUAAUCAUUGUGCCCACUCGCGAAUUGGCGGUGCAAACGUAUGAACUUUUUCAAAAGCUAGUCAAACCAUUUACGUGGAUCGUACCCGGUGUGCUUAUGGGCGGCGAGCGUCGCAAGGCAGAGAAGGCGCGCAUACGUAAAGGCAUUAACAUAUUAGUUGGUACGCCUGGACGCGUGUUGGAUCAUUUGCUGCACACCGAGACUUUUAAAGUACACAAAACCAAAUUUUUAGUGUUAGACGAGGCAGAUCGCCUAUUGGAAAUGGGUUAUGAACGUGAUGUGAAACAAAUUGUAGAAGCAAUCGAUACACAACGUUCCAAACCAGCUGAAGAUGGUACUGUUACCGAAGAACGUUUACAACGUUUAUUAUUAUCAGCUACGCUCACUGCCAAUGUGCAACGACUGGCUGGUCUCACAUUGAAAGAACCCGUUUUCGUUGACAACAGCGAUGAAGACGCCUCGAGUAUACCUAAAACUAAUGGCUAUGCUAAGAGCGAAAUUGAAGCUCUAACAGCGGACGUACUGGAUGACGAAGAAGAGAAUGGAAUAAUGACCAUACCAGAUAAUUUGAAAUUGCAUUUUACAGUUGUGCCACCAAAACUGCGCUUAGUUACUUUGUGCGCCAUAUUAGCGCAUGAGUUCAGCGAUAAACAGCGCUUAAAGGCCAUUGUCUUUAUGAGCACAAUGGAAAUGGUAAAUUUCCAUCAUGAUUUACUAAAUGAAUUGCUGACACAAAAAGUGCUCGACGAAGAUGACGAGGAAGUAAUUAAGGAGGAGGACGAAAGUGAAGAUGAUGAUGAAACACCCUUACUUAAGGGCUUACGAUUUUUUAAAUUGCAUGGCUCAAUGACACAAACCGAACGCCAAGGUGUGUUCAAUGGUUUUCGCGAGUGCAAAUCUGGUGUGCUGCUCACAACGGAUGUGGCGGGUCGUGGCAUUGAUGUGCCUGAAGUUGAUUUGGUUGUGCAGUAUUCCCCACCGCAAAAGAUUGCAGAUUUCGUGCAUCGGGUAGGACGCACAGCACGCGCCGGUCACAGCGGUAAAGCACUUUUGCUGCUCACACCCUCCGAGGCACAGUUUGUACGUUUUCUGGAGGAUAAGCGCAUAAGAAUAUCACAAGUUGAUAUGGACAAUUAUUUAAAGGCACUCACUGAGCAUGACGAUGAAGCGAACACAAUGCAGGAAGCGGCUUCAAAUCUGCAACACAAAUGUCAAGAACUCAUAGCUGAUGAUAAAGAAAUGCAUAGUAAAGCAUGUAAAGCCUUCGUAUCUUGGACGAAAUUCUAUUCCGCCUUUCCGAAAGAGCUUAAACCGAUAUUUAAUAUCAAAAACGCUCAUAUGGGUCAUUUUGCAAAAAGCUUCGCUCUGAAGGAUCAACCAAAAACAUUUACGAAGAAGCAUUCGGAACCAAAACCGGCGCCACCUACGAACCGCUUGACUUACACAGAAAGGGAUCCCGAAAAAAUUAAACAGGAAAAACGUGCCAAAAAGCGUAUGUUCUCCACCACAGUGACCAACGAAGUACGCAAUCCCAAUCGACAGCAAAGCAAUAAGCUGGUGAAAAUGUUGCCAGCCUCCCGAGCACUUACCACAUCAGAGUUCGACAGUGGCUUGCCUUCGCUUAAAAAACGGAAGAAAGCUUAACACCACUGUUUAAGAUUUUUAGAUGUUGGUAAUUAUUUAUGUUUGUUUUUUAAUCCGAACUAAUAUGUGUAAUUUUGAACAUUCGAUAUACUAAAUGAAGAUUUUGGUAUGGAAAUUACCGAAAAUGUGAAAUAAAAAAUGUUUUAUUAUGUUUAAUAA